AUGUCCGAAGAGACUCCCAAGAAGAAGAAAUCUGUUGGUUUUGCUCCACUUCCAGAGGAAGACCUCAAGUCUCACCACGAGGACUUGAAAAAAAAGGAACAGGAAAAACUCAAAUCCAACCCAUUCCACAAGAUUCCACCAGAGUUGUCUUAUCUUGAAAAGAAGGCACCAGCACCAAAAGCGUUGCCCUCGUACAGACCCAAGAAGGCUGCUAGUUUAUCUGGGACGUCCUCUGUUGCAGAUAUCGAUAUCAGAAAGUUGCACUAUUUUAACAUCAAGGACAUCUCCGUUCAAAAUAAGGAAACAGAAUUGAACUUCAACUAUCCUGUAAUUGACUUGCCGUUACCAGCCAAUCAAGUCCUAGUAGACAUAAAGUAUGCCUCAUUGAACUCAUUUGACUUGUCGAAAAUAAACCGGUAUUUGCUCAACCUCAGCAAUACCAAGGUUGGUUUGGGCUACGAGUUUGCGGGAAUAAUCACCGAUGUGGGUUCGGCAAUUGAACUGAACGGCACUUUUGCCAGAGGUGACGCCGUAGUAGGAAUUGUAGAUCCCUUGGACAGAAAGGGGACCCUUUCGACUAGUCUAGUAGUAAACCCCAGCAGGGACAUACUUGUGAAACUUGGUGAUGAUGCUUUGGCCAGAGCUAUGAACAUAAACAUCGAGUUGUCGUUCGACAAUAGCGAUGCAGACACCAACAGCUUCGAAGUAGACUCCUCCUCUGAUGAUUCAAUUGAUGAUCAAGCGGCUGUGCCAACAAAGCUGGUCAGAGAAAAGAAGAAAUCGCCAUAUACCAUCGAUCCUGAGAUCCCCACUUUGGCCAAAUUCGCAUCUUUCCCUGUCUUGUACUGUCGUGCUAAACAGAUGUUGGCACAUACAAAGUUUGCUCACAACAGUGGCAAUAUCUUGAUCAAUGGUGCAGACACAAACCUCGGUUUUACAUUUAUUCAGCUUCUAAACUCGCCCGUGUACAAUUUCAACAAGUUGAAUUUGAUCUUGAUAGUUAGAGAUAGCAACUACAAGUACAUGAGCAAUUUCGUCAAACAGUUCACUAUUGGCCAUUACUAUGAUGAGACGAAACCUAAACAUAUCACGAUUUUGACUUACGACAUGGUAAACGAGGAUCUUGUGCUUCCAGGUGAAAAGACGCCGAUAAACUACAAGAAGAAAGAUUAUUUUGCCAGUGAGGUGAUAGAGGCACUUUUCAAGCCUCAUACACCACUUGUAGAUCCUCCUAUCAGUGCGGAAAAUAUUGGCCAGUACAAGUUAGAUCUUCUUGUAGAUCUCGUAGGCUCCAAGAUGUACUUCCAGGAUAGUAUACGGUUUAGCAAGCUCGAUAAAAUCGAUUUACCGUUAAGGGAGCAUACCAAUGUUCCAUUAGAAGAGUUGUUCAACGCUCGUGUAAAGGAGCCAUUUUUGGUAAAACUCUUGAAGCCUAAGAAAACAGGAUCUGCCUUUGUAUCUGGGUGCAAAUUCAGUUUAUCCGAACCAACCUACCGAAUUGACCAAGCGAUUGACUACUCAGAAGCUAGUGUAAUAAAUCCAUGGGCUGCGAAAUGGUCCAGUAAUUUAUUCAACAACUGGACAAACUACAACUAUUUUGAAGAGUUAGAACUUCGUAUAGACUACCAUUGGGUUGAAGAAGGUCUACGAUUAUUACUAGAGGACCAGUUGAAAUUCCGCAUCGACGACUUUUCCGACUGGAGGAACGACUACAGAGGGCAUAUCAAACAACUUCGGACCGAAGACGGCAAAGUAUUGUUCAAGAUUGAGGACUUCUGAAUCUGAGGCUUGUAAAAACAUUCACCAAAUCUAUCUAUUGUCGAUUAUCCAAUAGAAACACACCGGAAAUGAAUCAUUUGGUAUGGAGUCAAUCGGAGUUGUCGGAGAUUGUAUAUACUAGGAGACGAUUUUAGUUUCGGAGAAAUUUUUGUAUAGGGCCAGAGCGGAAAAAGAGCUAUCAGGUAAAGACACAGAUGCAGAUCGGACUUGUAACUACGAAAUGUAAGAAAUGCUGGCCCCUUUCAAAAAUGUAGGAAUUGUGUAAUUAAAUGCCAAUUGAAUAUUC